CUUCUCUUUCAGCUCUUAUAAAUACGUUACCUCUUCCUUCUUUUUGGCAAAUUAUUUUUCUUUGUGUAACUUGUGUUUUGGUAUAAAUAUUCCCGGCUACAGCCGUCAACAGCCUCAAGCGCAUAACACACACACACACAUUCAAUUGACAUACAUCCACUAUCAUGAUGCGCCGCUACAACACCCACAUCACCUAUGUUGUGUUCUUUUUGAUGACAUUGGCAGUGAAUAUGGCUGAAGCACAACAUGGCGGAAACAGUGAAACUACCAGCUCAAAGCAUCAUCAUGGCCACACUCCAACGUUCUCGGAAAAUACCAUCCUUACGAGCGGCACCUUGUUCUACAUUGCCAUUUCGAUCUCGUUUGGUCUGUGGUGCACCGGGUUUGGCCUUGAAUUUGCAAUGGAUCGUCACGAAAAACAAGCAAAUGCCCGUGCAUUCCAAAAGUAUACUCAAUCCUACUAAGCGCAUCAUCGCGGUCUCGCCACCGUGAUGAUGAUUGCCAGCAACCAUAGCACUCUUACUCUCCCAAAUAUUUUAUCCUUUUGCUACUACUAUGAUACUACUAUCCUACUGCUGUAUUUAACCAUACCACACCACCUGCUACUUGUAUAUUCCUCUUUAAAGAAAGCCACUAUCUCUUAUGUACUAUAAUACAAACAAAGUUGUUCCUAUGAUAGCAGUAUUGUCGUUUACCGACAACUGCGCUCACAA